AUGCCUCCGUGGCGCAAUCGGUUAGCGCGUUCGGCUGUUAACCGAAAGGUUGGUGGUUCGAGUCCACCCGGCAAAUCGAUUGGAUUAACUCAUCCGUCUCAUCGAUUUUAUCGAUAUUCAUAUUUAGUUUUAUUAUGUUUAUUGGGCACAGUGUUUGCCUGGGCUAACAUUGUUAUUAAUUUGAUCAGUGGGUAUCUCAUCGACAAGUAUUUAGGUAUCAAAUUGGGAACAGUAUUAUGUUGUUGUUUCACUGUAUUGGGACAGUUAUUACUCGGUGUUGGCGCAUAUGUGGGCAAGUUUUGGGUGAUGCUAUUGGCCCGACUUGUGUUUUCAUUGGGCAGCGAUACCCUUACAUUGAUUGGGUAUAUGCGGGCUAUUAAGUGGUUUCCAGAAAAUGAACUAAACUUUGUGUUUGGUAUGCAAUUAAGUGUCAAUCGUUUUGGUAGUACUUUAAACUUCAUUGUUAUGGAACCGCUUUAUAAUUAUUUUAAACAAUAUUAUUUUGGACAUCAAUGUCUGGGAGUAGUUCUCAUGUUUGUCUCAUUGUUGCCAUUAAUGGAUCUUUUAUUAGCCAUAAUUCUGGCGUUUUUAGAUACCAGAGCCAAAAAAUAUAUAAAACCGAAACCCAGUGAUAAAAAUAAUGACAAAAUAAAGUUAAAAGAUAUAAUAAACUUCAGUGCUGUUUUCCCAUUUAUCUCAUUGGGAAUACCGUUUUACAAGUAUAAAUUUGGUUUUAAGUCAUCGCAAGCAAACUUAAUAAAUAGUAGCAUUUAUUUUAUAUCGAUAUUUGCUUCACCAGUAAUGGGUGUCCUAAUCGGUCGUUUUGGACGUAACCUCCAGUUUGUGUUACUUUCAUUAGUGUUGACAACAAUAUCUCACUUAAUGUUAAGUUUUUCAUUUGUCAAUCCCUGGGUCGCCAUAACAGUGAUGGGUAUCGCGUACUCUAUCUUUGCAUGUAUUGUGUGGACACUUAUCUCAUUUGUUGUCCCGAAAAACAGUUUGGGAACAGCUUUUGGUAUAUCCCAGGCUCUCAUCAAUUUAAUACUCGGUCUCAUAGAUCUGGCCGUCGUCAAUUAG